AGAGAAAGAGAGAGAGAGAGAUUGUGAGCGAGCCCGCGUUCUAAGCAAAGUGGCAGCACGCGCGAGUGGCGGGAAAAGAAUGCCCAUCUCGUGACUAAUAACGAAUGGAUUGGUGCGCUUUCCGUUCUUAGAGGUAAUACGAGCAGACUGUCAUUGUAGUGAUGGGUGGCAGCGGCGUGCUCCCUCGCGGGGAGUGUUUUCCCUGUCAGUGCUGCUACUGCUGCUGGAAAUGGCGCUGUGAUGUUCAACAAGGAAGACGCAGUUGAAGCCGAUGCCAGGGAGUAGGAGGAGAAGAGGAGAGAAUAAAAUUGUCAUUAUUAGUAGUACCUGCGCUUCUGGUGCGGAUUUUUGUGUUUCAAAAAAGCGGUGAACAGUACCAUGGUGAAUUACCAGAAAUACAUUACUGUAAUGCAGCUGGCUCUAGGGGUGACUGCCAUCAACAGAGAGCGUAGCCUGCCUCCCAGAAAACAUAUGUGGGUCUUCCCCAAACACGACAAAGACAAAUACGGGCCUGCAGUUUACUAUCCCAAGAUCCACGCCUUCCUCCCCACCCCAGAAACCGUCUCUCUGCUGGAUGAAUCUGAGGGAUCGGGCCACGGCAAACCAUCCCUGCGCAGAAUCAAGGGCCGAAUCCACCGCAGCAAGAGCCUGGACAGCAUCGACCUGCUGGACUCAAACAGUGCAGCAAUGGAGGAGACUGUAAUAUGGGAACAGCACACUGUAACUCUACACAGGGCACCAGGGUUCGGCUUCGGGAUCGCCAUCUCAGGCGGAAGGGAUAACCCUCACUUUCAGAGCGGGGAGACGUCCAUCGUCAUAUCUGAUGUGCUGAAGGGAGGCCCAGCCGAGGGCUUGCUGCAGGAGAAUGACAGGGUGGUGAUGGUCAACGCCGUCUCCAUGGACAACGUGGAUCAUGCAUAUGCAGUGCAGCAACUUCGGAAAAGUGGGAAGAAUGCAAAAAUUACCAUCAGGAGAAAGAGGAAGGUGCAGAUCCCUAUGGGGCGCACGGGUGAGCGCGAGACCAUGUCGGAGCACGACGAGGACGAUGACAGUUACGAAGAGGAGAUUUAUGAGGCACGAAGCGGCCGGAGCGCCUACAGCGGGGGCGGAGCCACAGGCCGGAGGAGCGGCAGGGGCGAGCGGCUGGGCGGGAGGAGGGACCGGGACAGAGAGCGCAGCGGCUCCAGAGAGAGGAGUCUGUCCCCACGCUCGGACCGCCACUCUGUGUCCUCCAACCUCCCCCCUCGCCCAGCCAAGGUCACCCUCAUCAAGUCCCGCAAAAAUGAAGAUUCCCGCCCACUACUGAUGGAACCAGCCGGCAGUGGUUGCCUGGCCUUAAAGGAUGAAAAACAAACAGAAUACGGGCUUCGCCUGGCCAGCCACAUCUUCGUAAAGGACAUUUCCCCCGAGAGCCUGGCAGCCCGAGACGGAAACAUACAGGAGGGAGACGUGGUGCUCAAGAUUAAUGGCACUGUGACUGAGAAUCUGUCCCUGAUCGACGCUAAGAAACUGAUCGAGAGGUCAAAGGGCAAGCUGAAGAUGGUGGUGCAGAGAGACGAGAGGGCGACCCUGCUCAAUAUCCCCGACAUGGAUGACAGCAUACCUUCAGCUAAUGCCUCGGACCGAGAUGACAUUUCAGACAUCCACUCCGUGGCCUCCGAUCAUUCCAACCGAUCCCACGAUCGGAAGAGAAGCAGCCGGUCUCGAUCCCCGGAUCGCCGCUCAGAGCCCUCGGACCACUCCAGACACUCUCCACCGCAGAUCAGCAAUGGCAGGGCCGCAGGGCCGACGACUCAGAGAACCCGACCAGUUCACAGGAGCCGUGAUGAAGACAGGAUCUCCAAAGCUGGGCCGCUUCCUCUACCUGCUAAGAUGGUGGAGGAGAUGCCGAAAGAGCAGAGCGCAGCCAGAGAAGAGAAACAGCUCCCCCCUCUGCCAGAGCCCAAGCCUGUGUACGCUCAACCCGGCCAGCCUGACGUGGACCUGCCUGUUAGUCCGGCAGACGCCCCCGUGCCCAGCGUCACAAAUGAUGACAGCAUUUUACGGCCGAGCAUGAAGCUGGUGAAGUUUAAGAAGGGCGAGAGUGUUGGAUUGAGACUCGCUGGUGGGAAUGAUGUCGGGAUAUUUGUGGCGGGAGUUCUGGAGGACAGUCCUGCUGCUAAAGAGGGCCUGGAGGAGGGAGAUCAGAUUCUCAGGGUAAACAACGUGGAUUUCGCAAACAUCAUCCGUGAGGAGGCAGUGCUGUUCCUACUGGACCUGCCCAAAGGAGAAGAAGUCACCAUCUUAGCCCAGAAAAAGAAAGAUGUGUACCGGCGCAUUGUAGAGUCCGACGUUGGUGACUCGUUCUACAUCAGGACCCAUUUUGAGUAUGAGAAGGAGUCGCCCUACGGCCUGAGCUUCAACAAGGGUGAGGUCUUUAGAGUGGUUGACACCCUUUACAAUGGCAAACUGGGCUCCUGGCUUGCCAUCCGCAUCGGCAAGAACCACCAAGAGGUGGAGCGGGGCAUCAUCCCCAACAAGAAUAGGGCUGAGCAGCUAUCGAGUGUCCAGUACACUCUCCCAAAGACUCCAGGAGGGGAUCGGGCCGACUUCUGGAGGUUCAGAGGCCUCCGUAGCUCCAAACGAAACCUGAGGAAGAGCAGAGAGGACCUUUCCGCUCAGCCCGUCCAAACAAAGUUCCCUGCUUAUGAAAGAGUGGUGCUUCGAGAAGCUGGUUUCUUGAGGCCAGUGGUCAUUUUCGGGCCUAUUGCGGAUGUCGCAAGAGAGAAACUGUCGAGAGAGGAGGCUGACCUCUUUGAACUUGCGAAGAGUGAACCCAGAGACGCGGGGACAGACCAGCGCAGCUCUGGAAUCAUCCGUCUCCAUACCAUUAAACAGAUCAUUGACCGAGACAAGCAUGCUGUGCUGGACAUCACACCUAACGCGGUGGAUCGUCUGAACUACGCUCAGUGGUACCCCAUCGUGGUGUUCCUGAAUCCAGACAGCAAGCAGGGUGUCAAGAACAUGAGGACCAGGCUCUGUUCCGAGUCCAGGAAGAGCGCCAGGAAGCUGUACGAGCGCGCUCUCAAACUGAGAAAGAACAACCAUCAUCUCUUCACCACCACCAUCAACUUGAACAACAUGAACGACGGGUGGUACGGCGCUUUGAAAGAGACCAUCCAGCAGCAACAGAACCAGUUGGUUUGGGUCUCAGAGGGCAAGGCAGAUGGUGCUCCUGACGAUGACCUUGAUAUUCACGACGACCGCCUCUCCUACCUCUCGGCACCGGGCAGCGAGUACAGCAUGUACAGCACUGACAGCCGCCACACUUCCGACUACGAAGACACCGAUACGGAGGGCGGCGCCUACACCGACCAGGAGCUGGAUGAGACUAUGAACGAUGAGGUGGGCCUGCCCAGCGAGCCAGCCAUCACACGCUCAUCCGAACCUGUCCGAGAGGACCCGCCGGUCAUCCAGGACGCAGCCGGGUACCCGAGCUACCAGCAUGCUGUGCCGCAACCAGAGCCGGUCAACCGCAUUGACCCGGCUGGGUUUAAAAUGGCGGCGCCUCAGCAGCAAGCCGAGGCUCAGGCCUCUCCGCCCCCUCCCUCUGCAGUGGCAGCAGCGCCCCCUGCUGUCGAACCCUCCACACCACUAGCGGGUACGAACCCAGAGGAGCCGCCUGGCACCCCUCAGGCCGACUCCCUUAACAGCCCCGUCCCCGUUCCCGACCCCCAGCCCGAACCUGAGCUCGCUCAGCCCCCAACACACGACCCCCACCAGUUGCUUCCUCCUGGCCCAGAUCCAAAGAUGUACAAAAAGGAUCUGUACAGCAUAGAUGAGCCGGUGCGAGUGAACCACGGUGUGAAGCCUCCCCCUCCCCAGCAGCAGCCUUUAGGCCCCCCCACCUCGCUAUCCUACAGCCACCAGCCCGUCUACCAGGACCAACAGCCAUACCGCCAGUACGACCACCCGCCUUAUGGCUAUGACGGUGGCGGCUACGCACAACCAAAGCCUCACAAUUACGACCCGCACCUGCACUACGACAACCGCGUGCCUCACUACAAUGAGCAGUGGCCCCCUUACGACCAGCAGACUUCACCCCAGCCGCCACCUGCGCCCUGCUACCCUCAGGGCCACCAGCCGCCGCCUGCACCUCUGGGGUACGAACCCCGCUCUCCGUACGAGGACGGCCCCACCCGGGAUUUCAGCCCCCCUCAGUCCCAGUAUGAUGGCAUGCCCCAAAUGAGCUACGAUAACCGGCCACGGCACUCGAAACCUGCGCCGGUGCGCUACGAAGAGCCUCCGCCCCCUCCCGCCUCCUACGAGGCCCGCUCACCUUUCGAGCCCGAGCCUCAUGGUUUCCCUGGCAAUGCGCACCGCUCCCCUGAUCCACCGAAACAGUAUUAUGGUGACUCUGCAAUGAGACCCUCGUACAACCCUGGCCUUCCGAAUCGAGCGUAUAAAGCGCCCCAGCACGAGCCUGCGAUGAACUCGGAACCUCCCGCUCCGCCUCCCAAACCCGAGGCCGUCUUGUCUCCAGGGGAACCGCCUCACCCGGCAGCUUCCAAAGCAUUGCCGCCUCCACCCAGGGACAGGGAUGACGACGAUGACGACCCUGCCAUGAAGCCCCAGUCUGUGCUCAACAGGGUCAAAAUGUUCGAGAACAAGCGCUCCGUGUCUGUAGACCGAGCCAAGGAAACGGCGGAUGUAGCUGGAAUUCGGCCCACAGAUCUCCCAAAACCUGUGAGCACCCCUGGUCCUGUGCUCAAAGCCAACUCUCUCAGCAACCUAGAGCAGGAGAAGCCCUCUUACAGAGCUCCAGAGCCCCAGAAACCCCAGACGCGUGUAGGGAACGACGUGGUCCGCUCCAGCCACUAUGACCCAGAUGAAGAUGAAGAGUACUAUAGGAAGCAACUGUCGUACUUUGACCGCCGCAGCUUUGACAACAAGCCCAUGAGUCAGCCCAACACUGGGGUCAAUCGCUUCCACGAGCCGCCCAAAACACCUCAGCCUCAGAUAGCAUAUCCUUUCGCCAGGGCGGAGUCUGUGGAGAAAGUGAGUCCCGUGGACAAGAGGUACGAGCCCGUGCCGCCCGCCAACCCGUCGCCUGCUCCCUACAGCCAGCCCACACCUGCAGCUCCGCCCACAGCCCUGCCCAAACUCAGCAACAUCGAGGUGAACUCGCUGCCAGAUCCUCACAGCUCCCCCAAAGCCAAACCGGACCUGUCGGCUCUCAGAGCUCCCGCCCGGGACGAUCCCAUCCAGACCAACUACCUGCCCCCCAAGUCUUCCAUCAACGGCACGGACGCCCCUCCCAAGACGCUAGGCGUCCCCACCAGCUACAACCGCUACGUCCCCAAGCCUUACACCAGCACGGCCCGACCCUUCGAGCGCAAGUUCGAGAGCCCCAAAUUCAACCACAACCUGCUUCCCAACGACACGCAGUCCAAGCCUAGCGUCAACAACAACCUGAAACCUCAAAUCUCACCCCAGCCGCAGGACACCGACAGCGGGGUCGACACGUUCACGCGCACCAUGGACAACAGGCCCAAGUAUCAGCACAACAACAUCAACGCCAUUCCCAAGGCCAUCCCCGUCAGCCCUAGCGCGCUCGAUGACGACGAAGAAGAUGAAGGUCACACCGUGGUGGCCACGGCACGGGGCAUCUUUAACUGUAACGGCGGGGUGUUGAGCUCCAUAGAGACAGGAGUCAGCAUCAUUAUCCCACAAGGAGCCAUCCCAGAUAGUGUGGAGCAGGAGAUCUACUUCAAAGUGUGCAGGGACAACAGCAUUCUGCCCCCUCUGGACAAAGAGAAAGGUGAAACUCUACUCAGUCCCCUGGUGAUGUGCGGCCCUCACGGUCUGAAGUUCCUGAAGCCCGUGGAACUGCGUCUACCACACUGUGCGUCUAUGACCCCUGAUGGUUGGUCUUUUGCUCUAAAAUCCUCCGACUCCUCGUCGGGUGACCCCAAAUGCUGGCAAAACAAGUGUUUACCAGGAGACCCCAAUUACCUGGUGGGCGCCAACUGCGUGUCCGUGCUGAUCGACCACUUCUGAAGAGAGCAACAGCUGGUCUGUUACUGAACGAGAGCGCAUGGACGGGAUUCGCACCACUUUAUCAAGUAUUAAUUCUUUCCACUUUGCUUUGAUGGGCUGAAGCGUCAUUCCCCCCAAAAGAAAUGUCUUGGAAGAUGGCGCAGAUGCUACGGAGCGCUCUUUUUUCCUUAUAUCCUUUGGUUUUUUCUUCCCUUUUUUAAGUUUAGUUUUGCCUUUUUCUUUACCUUUUGGUGCUUGAAGACUUGCAAAAAAUAACUGAACACAUAAAUUAAUGAAGAAACCUAAAAGGAAUGCAUGACCUGUGCCACAGACAGUCGGAAAAAAUCCCUUUUGACAUUUGUAGCCUCUUUUUCUCCAAAUUAGAAAAGUCUUGAACGGAACCAGAAAAAAAAAAAAUAGACGGAAAAAACGAAUUAGUUUUACUUGAUACAAGUGAACCCUGCUAAUGUGCUCCCAAACAGAAAAGUUGAUGUAUGUAGAGCUUUUUUGUUUGCGAGGUCAUGCGUUUUUUUCCGUGGAACGCUGUAACCGGAUUGUCGCGGAACUGGAAAGCAUGUCGGUUUCUAGAAAAUGAUGAACAAUUGAGACUUUUUGAAGUGAAGGAAUGUGACUGUUGCACUCAUCUGCUCAUGGACUUCCCUUCUCUGGCUUAAAAAAAAACAAAAAAAACAACAACAAAAAACGGCCUCUUUCUCUCUCUCUACGUUUUGAAGCGAUCUUUUCUAGCGAAGUUUUACCGUAGAUAAACACUGACUGUGGUUUUCCGGAACUCCUGCUGUCUAGAGAUCUAUGCAUGUGCUAUGACUCAGGUCCAAACGCCUGCUACUAAGUUGAGUACACAAACCUACCCAUCAUACACUGCAAGCAGUGAUGCCUUAUCUGCAUUUUUCGUUUUGUUUUGUUACUUUGACCCGAAAGACUAGCAAACAUCGGAUUUCUGUUACAGAAGGAAGUUACGGAGGAUGUGAAGUGGGAUAUUUAGCACACAAAUAAUGAAGUCUGAUCAACAGGUCUGUAUUUUCACUGCUAUGCAUACGAAGUCAAAGAAUAUACCAGAACACUAGGAUAUGUUUCAAUUACAGCUGUAAAUAUUGUGCUAGCAUAUGGCCUUGGUUCGCUGUAAAUGACCUUUUGUACAUCUUUGUUAUUUUGUAUAAAAACGUAACAUGGAAAAAAAAAGUUUCUUAACAAAAAAAAA